GUCACGUCAAAUAAACAAUUAUAUUGUAUAUUUCUUUGUUUUCUAUUGAUAACGCGAACUAUCAUAAAAAAUAUAUGAAAUACACUUUUUAUUUCAAUGAGUGUCUAUUCGUUAAUUUGUUAUUGUUAAUGAAGCACAAAUAAAUUACUAUUAUGGGUUUAUUUAGUACCUCUUCGCCGUUUGACCAAGAUGUCGAGCGCGCCACGAACGAGAACAGCACGAGCGAGGAGUGGGGGCUGAUCCUGGAGAUCUGCGACCGCGCGGGAGCGUCGGCGGCGGCGGCGCGCGACUGCCUGCGGGCCGUGCUGCGCCGCCUCGCGCACAACGACCCGCACGUGCAGCUGCUGGCCGCCACGCUGCUCGACGCCUGCGUCGCCAACUGCGGCCGCCUCUUCCACCUCGAGGUGGCGUCGCGCGACUUCGAGACCGAGUUCCGCCGCCUGCUGGCGCGCGCGCAGCCGCCCGUGGCGCAGCGCCUGCGCGCGCUGCUGCGCAAGUGGGCCGAGGGCGACUUCCGCGCCGACCCGCAGCUCGACCUCAUCCCCUCGCUGCACGCCAAGCUGCGCGCCGAGGCCGCCGAACCCGCGCCCGCGCCCGCGCCCGCUGCCGCCGCCGCCGCGCAGCGCGAGCAGGACGAGCUGGCGCGCGCGAUCGCGCUGUCGCUGCGCGAGUCGGGCCCGCCGGCGGCGCCGAGCGGCGGCGCGAGCGGCGGCGGGGGCGGCGGCGGCGGCGGCGGCGGCGGCGGCGGCGGCGGCGGCGGCUCGGCGCUGUACCCGCGCGUCGAGCCCGCGGAGGCCGCCCCGCCGCGCAAAGUACGAGCGCUGUACGACUUCGAGGCGGCCGAGGAUAACGAGCUGACGUUCCUGGCCGGGGAGAUAGUUCACGUGACUGACUCCAGCGAUCCCAACUGGUGGAAAGGCUACAACGAUCGUGGCGAGGGAUUGUUUCCAGCUAAUUUUGUGACAUCUGAUUUGACGGAGCCACGCCCUGAGGAGGCGCGAGGCAGCGCCGCGGCGGGCGGCGGCGCGGCGGCGAGCGGCGCGGCGGACGAGGCGGCGGCGCUCGACGAGGCGGCCAUGGACGAGGCGCUGGCGCUGCUGCACGAGGCGGACCCGGAGGCGGCGGCGGGCGCGGCGGACGCGGCGCUGCGGCGGCUGGAGGCGCGCGUGCACGCCAUGGGCCCGCUCGUGGACGCGGCGCUCGAGCGCGCCGACCGCCGCCACGCGCGCCUCACGCAGCUCAGCGCCGACCUGGUGGACGCGCUCAACCUCUACCACGAGCUGAUGCGCGCGCCGCCGCCGCCGCCGCCCGCGGCCGCGCCCGUCUACCCGCCGCGCUGCUGAUCGACACGCUCGCGUCCUGCGCCGCACAUACCUAGUUCACUUCUACUAUCCCUGAGGCUUAGAACGUGGCGACCGACGACAUUUUAUUUUCCCUCUCUGACAUACCGUAUCCCCGAAACGGCACGCUGUAAAUAUACCCAACGACCGACGGACGCGGGCCGCCCGGCCCGCACCGUUCCGGACAUGUGUUCCGCGGCCGGGCCGCGCCGCCCGUCGCGGGAGCUGGCCAGCGAGCGUACAGAUAAAAUGUGGCUCGAUCGCGUGUAGUUUUAAUUCUUGAAACGAUCGAUAGGGAAGAAAUCGAUCCGAGACGCGACAGACUCUUGUCAAAUUAACAGAAAUCUACACCUGGGAGAUAAAAAUAUAAAGUAUGAUGAUGAAGAGUACCUAUGUUAAUGUAGUUGUUGAUAAUAUAUAAUCUGUUACUUUUUUUUUUUUCAUUUGUAUGUGGUGUAAUAAAUUAUAAUAUAAGUAAACAUUCGAUUC